AUGACUCAAAAGUUGAAGCCACUCUACUUAAAGGUAUUAAUUGAGGGUCGUCCACUUUCAAGAGUCUUGGUGGACAAUGGCUCAGUUUUAAAUAUUAUUCCUAUUAAUGUCACGAGGAAAUUGGGCAAGACAGCUGAGGAUGUAAUUCCUAGUGAUGUGGCUAUCAGCGGUUUUACUGGAGGCUCGGUGGAAACACAAAGAAUCCUUUCAUUGGAAUUGAUUGUUGGAGAUAUUACAACCAUGACAGCAUUCUUUAUUGUGGAAUCCACAGCGGCCUAUUAUUUAUUAUUAGGCCGCGAAUGGAUACAUUACAAUUUUUGCAUUCCGUCCACGUUGUAUCAAAUGCUAAUUUUUUGGGAUGGCGAUGAAGUUAAGAUUGUAGAGGUGGACAACAAACCAUUCAUUGCUAAAGUGUAUCACGCAGAUGCUGAGCUCUACAAUGGAGAGUUUGUUCCAGUAAGGUUCAUUGGAAAAGACAGCAAGGGCUGA